GUUUAUCAUCCCUGUCGCCGUGAUGAAACUUUCUUGAUCUCUCUUUUAGUGUAGUUUUGAUCAUCUGGCAGACUGCGAGCGUACACGGCCAGCCGAAACCGCGCCUCGUCCUUUCCUCCGCGCGUGCUUCCACCCCCGUCAGCAGCAGUUUAGGCUCACACGUGGUCAGUAGUCCUCGAUAGUCCGUAACGUGUAUCCUUCCUUGUGCGCUAAUUACCGUUGUUAAUUCGGUUGCCGUGCUUCCGCAUCAGCAGCCCGGUUGAUCGUCCACCACGCUGCCGGUCGGUCUUGUUGUUCCCUGUGAUAGGCCAGGUGAAAGUGUGGCGCAAAAAGGCCAAAUCGCGCGACCCGGACCGGAGGAAAAGGCGAAACGGAAGGAAAUCACCGACCGCCAAGGAGGCCGGUUAUCGUUGGGUUCGUCGAUAGUGUCUUGACGAAUUCGAGAAACGGAGACCAAAGCAGUGACCGUUCGGGAGUGAGUGAGGUACACUGACUGUGUAGUGGAGUGUGUAAUCACGCAGAUCUGCGAAGCAAGGUCCUUGGCCGUGAACGCCAUACGACAACGUGAUUUCCGUUGUCGCCGUCGCCAUCGUUGUCCGAGUCGACUGUGGAAUAAAAUACAACCGAGCAACUGUAGUCGCUGGAGGUUUUCCCAGAACGAGCCGAGAUACAAACCAAAGAAAACCAUGGACAAAGACAAGGAGAAGUCACUGAUUAUUGAAUUCAAGAAAAGCUACGGAACCAGUGCCAAUGGCGGCGUCGAUGAACAACACCGGACAUCAGCGCCAUCGCUGCAGCACCAGAGAUCGGUUAUCUACUGCGUGCACGGAAAGUUGGCACAGUCGUGCUGCGAGCUGAAGGAUGAUGAUGUUAGCAUUAGGAAAAUUGAGUCGCAUUGUCACCGGCCCCGGAUGGAUGGAGUUGACAAAAUUGCCAGGAAGAAACUAAUUUUAGCGAGCGUGCUGUGCAUCAUCUUCAUGAUAGCGGAGAUCGUAGGUGGUAUCUACUCCAACAGUCUGGCAGUAGCAACAGAUGCAGCACAUCUAUUAGCCGACCUGGCCAGCUUUAUGAUAUCGCUGUUCGCACUCUGGGUUGCCGCGAGACCGUCGACCAAGAGGUUAUCGUUUGGAUGGCACCGGGCAGAAGUGAUCGGUGCUUUGACGUCGGUGCUGAUGAUUUGGGUCGUGACGGCCAUUCUGUUCUACCUGGCCGUGCUGAGGACAAUCAAUCAAGACUUCGAGGUGGACGGUCAAGCAAUGCUGAUUACUUCCGGAUUGGGCAUUCUGGUGAACGUAAUAAUGGGAGCGACACUUCACGGCGGACACGGACAUAGUCACAGUGGCAGUAGUGCACAUGGCCACGCACAUGGAGGAGCGUCGGAGGAAAACAUCAACGUUCGGGCGGCAUUCAUCCACGUGCUUAGCGAUUUCGUGCAGAGCCUGGGAGUGUUUCUAGCGGCGCUGGUUAUCUACUUCAAACCCGAGUGGAACAUCGUAGACCCAAUUUGCACGUUCUUGUUCUCGAUUUUGGUUUUGUUUACAACUCUGGCCAUUAUGAAGGAUGCACUCAUGGUUCUUAUGGAGGGUACACCCAAAUAUCUUGAUUUCACCGAAGUCAUGCAAACCUUCCUCCAGAUCCAAGGUGUCGUACGGGUACAUAAUUUAAGAAUAUGGGCACUCAGCAUCAACAAGAUUGCGCUGUCGGCUCAUUUGGCUGUCGAGCCAAACACCAACACGGAAGCAGUUCUCCAGCAGGCAACACGUUCCGUUCAUGCAAAGUACGACUUCUUCGAAACCACCCUGCAAAUCGAAGAGUUCCAGGCGGACAUGGAGGAUUGCAAUCAAUGUACGAAUCCAGCUUAGGAAGAUACCGUGACGAUGAUUGCAGCGGUGAGGAUGUGAGGGCAGUGAUAGGGAAAAUGCGCUGAAUGAUAAGUAAUUCGUGAUUAGAUGAUGGAGUUUUCCUUUUAGUGUAGCAUUGAAUUUCAUUACGUUUCCUAGUUACUCAUUUUAAAGCAAAUCGUUAGCCUUUUCCGUACAUAUGUUCAGAAACAAGCAGAUAUUUCAAACUAAAACAGAAAAAUCAACUGAAACAUUGAAAUAAGUGAUCCUAAUCAUACAGUAUUCUUAUUGUUGUUUCAAUUUACGUUUAUCUAGAAAAAAAAUGCAAAAAUCUACUAAAAGAUUUUCAUAUAAACACUGCUUGAAAUCUCAUUGUGUCAUUUUCAUAUACUUUGUUGUACAAUUCAUAGAACAAACGUUAUAGUAUAAAUUUUAUUGCUCUGUAAAUCAUAUAAUUUCGUGAUUUAUAAUAGUUUCCAAUAAUGCUUCAAAUUUAGAAAAAAUAUCAAAGUUUUAGAGUGUACGAUAUGUAAUACAAUUGCAGCAUACGUCUGGAAAAUUCGGUUUAAACUGAAAGGUUCCACAGCAAAAGUGAAAUCAGACAGGCGAAUUUCAAAGAUGACUGAGCAAGAUACCUUAUGCCCAAGCAAAACAGAAAAAAAAACACACACCAAAGGAAACAAACAACACUUAUUUGUAUUCAGAUGAUGCCCGGGUAGUAAUGAAAGAUGAAGAAAUUCACCAGAAUGUGGCGAAUAAAAUCCAACAAACGAAUGCCUAAA